AUGUCGUGGAGUAUUGGGGAAAUUGCGUUCUGCACGAGCGCCAGCCAGCUGGGGCCGAGGAAUAGUCUAGAUAUUGACAACUUCGAAAACCCUUUGCCCUUCAAUCCAAAACAAGAGGGGGUUCAACGCAAGGAGCUGAGUAUGUCGACGGAGGAAAUUUAUGUACUCCCAAGGGCCAGCAUGGAAAGACGACAAUGA